UUAAACUAUAUACGAGUUAGGAUUGCAUUCCUUUAGUUUUAGUCACCUGUUACACUUUACUUUCGAUCAGACUUCAGAGUCAGACGACAUUUAAUAAGCUUUUGAUUGGCGAAGUGAUGUGAUAUUGUUCGAUGAUGUACAUAGAAACUUAACGAUAUGAAUUCACUUGUUAAUUUUUUACACGCGCUUGAUUAAUUUUGUGAUAUUAGAACACCAUUAUAGUGUCCUAAUAAUAACUGCGAUUUUAUUUAAUUUUAUUCGUUGACUCGAUUUGUGCUCAGAACUUAUUCGCUUAGUUACAGUGGAAGUGAUCGUCCGAAUCAAGUACAAAAUACCUAUGGCAAACACAACUGCUGACAGUGCCAUCCCUGAUGAGAAUGCUUUUCUUCAACAGCAAGAGAAAGAGAAUUUGACGCAAGAAAAUGAAAAAUUUGGUUUAUACGUGUUGGAAAACUUACUCAAUGACAACCUUGUGACAGAUAUCGGCGAAAUUAAUUACUCAGAAGGAGAAGAUCUUCUUUCCAGCAGACAAUUUCCUCUGGCAGCCAUCUCAGAACCAUUUUGCGACAAUAUAAUCUUAGCUAAAAUCUACGAUCGUUCCUUCAGCGAGAAACAGGAUUCCGAAGAAGUCGUCACAAAAUCUUUCAUAAACUUCAUAGCGAAUAAAUUCAACGAAUUCCUUCCUACAUCCGAGUUGAAACACCGCAUUCGAACGGACGGUUCGGCAUGUUCCUUAUGGAAUAAAAAUUAUGGAAGGGCUAAAGGUAUCAAAGAAAUCAUUCGAAGGCAUCAUCUGACAGAUAUUCUUCGAGAAAAGUACAAAGAUGCGGUUUACAUGACUUUCAGAAUUGAUUUAGCUGAUGAAACGCUCAAAACCCUCUUGGCACAAUUACCAAAGAUACUGAAAGAGCUCCAAGAAGACCAUUAUUUCCUAUUGGAUAUGGAUGUAACGGAAGACUUGACCGGUAUUUUCAACAAACAAGAAAUGCGUGAUUACUUGACGAAAAAUUUCAUCGAAUUUCAAGAAAAUUAUAACGAGAUCGUGAAGGAUAACCAAAGUGUGGGAAUCGAUUGCUUGACAUGGGUGUAUUCGAACGUCAGGGUUAAAAUAUAUAAUAAAUUCAUUUGUCAGAUGACAAGUCCGGGAGUCCGUCAGCAAAUUGGGAAUCACAUUGUUGAUUUUAUCGACUGUCCAAAAAAACGAUUAAGAGAUACUUUCUCUUCACCUUUAGCCAAACAACAUGGAGUUUUACGAUUGGAGGUGACCAUCUAUAACUUUUCGUACUUGGAUAAAGAAAAAUUGUACGACCCUGUAGAUGACUGUUUACAAUUAUUGGAGGCGAAUGAAAGGUACUUGGAAAAAGCUCCCAUAUAUUCUGUACCGAUUUCGACAAUGUGGAGAAAAUUGACUAGCAAAUUACAAAAUAGUUGUUGUCUCGUAAACGGUGAUGUUUUGCAAUACGUGUACUGGGCAAAUGGCAUCACAGGAAAAUUUACUGGAAUACAAAUCGUAUUACCGACUGACCAAAUACGAAGAAAAGAGCUAAUCGAUUACGCUUUAAGUCAAUUCAGCUUCAAUAAUUUGGAAGUCAAUUAUGUAGAAAUUGUCCAAGAUGAUAACGGCCAGAAUAUUAAGACUGAGAAAUGUUACAUUAAACGAGGACAGACGUACUCGUAUUUUUCUCAUUCCAACACAUUUUAUUCAAAUAUUCCGUUCGAUUUAGAUAUACACAGCACUGGAUUAUGCAGAACAAAGCACGUUAAUCCACAAGUCUUGAGAAACAAUGGCAAGGGACGAAUUCUCAUAGAACCUACUUACCUGAUAAAGGAAAUUGAUCCCAAAUUCCACAAAUGGACACCAGAAGACAUGCCAGAAGAACAAAAAGUCGAUGAAAAUUUGGUACGAGUUUUCAGAGAAGGCCACUGUGAAGACUUGGACUUGACAGGGGAGUAUAUAAUUUAUGGAUUCGCAGUCAUAAGCACUGAAAAAUUCCGUAACUACAUAGUUGUAGUUCAAGCAGAAAAGCGAAAUUAUCCAGGGAUGAAAAGCUUGUAUUACAUAAAAGGUGCUCGUAAAUAUGAUUUUGUGAAUCGUUGCCGUGAUGAAACCCUACUGAUCGAAGAAGGUUAUAAAGUUACUACUGACAUUAAUAAUGGUACGAGUAUAACCAGUGUACAACUACCCGAAGAAGAAAUCGGAAAAAAACCAUUCGCAGAAUUCAAAACGAAUGGGAUUGAUUCAUUCUGUGGAAUCUCGUUUCCAAAAAUUGAAGAAUUAUAUUUCUACACUGACGAAAUAUUGUACUGGGAUGAUGCGGAAUCGAUGUUCGGAGAAACCAUACGAACAUUAAUAACUUUAUUCAAAUUUUAUAACUGGAAAACCUUGGACUCAGUUGGAAAAUAUUUCGUAUUUGCUUUCGCAGUCACCAAAAAAUCAGAUUACCCUUACGUUGGAGUUUUAGCGCAAAAGAAAGGUACCGAAGUCAAACGUGUAUAUAAAUUUCAAGGAUUCGAUAAAUUCAAGUUCAUAGAUCGUUACAACGAUAAAGAUUCUCUGAUAGAAAAAGGCUACAAAAUUAUUUAUUUCAGAGAUUUCAAUAUUGUAUAUUUACCAACGGAGGAACCUUUGGCUGAAUUUGAAACAAAUGGAUUGACUAUUUUGCCCAAUGGGAACACGUUUCCGGUUACAGAAAAAUUAGUAUUUUAUAAAGAAAUGAUUUUUGAAAUGACUGAAGAAGAGCUAAAGAACGCAUUUCAACGAGGUGAUUGUCUGGAUACUUACUCCAAAUACGAUGUAUUUGCGUUUACAGUAGAUACGCAUUUAAACUAUCCUGAUGUAAGAGUAUUGGCUCAGAAAAUGGGCGAAACAUCCAUAAAAGUAUGCUCAGUCAAAGGGAAAUUGAGGGACAAAUUUGUCCAACGGUAUAAGCGUAAAAUUUUGCUAGAACAAAUGGGCUACAAAAAAAUAACCAGCGGAGAUUUGGAUAUCCUAUUUUUAGUAAUUGAAAAGCCCUUCGCUACGUUCGUAACAAAAGGAAUCAACGUUUUCAACGAUCGCAAAUACACCCGGACAGACAAUUUACAAUAUUGGAGAUAUGAUGGACAUGGCAACCCAAUCGAAGAACGGGAGAAUAAUUUCGAUAACCAAGAAAAUGAUGAAAACCAAUAGAAUCAUAUUCAUUUUAUACAUGUAUAGGUAUCAUUAAAUCCUCCAAGAAACAGUUAAAAUUAUCGAAUUACGAGAAAAAAUGUUCAAAUAUCUUAAAAUUGGCGAAAGUCAAAAUAUUAAAAAAAUCUAUAAUCGCCUUUUCAGUAAUUGUUUUACUAUCUGUAAUACCGACAUAAAUCAUUUUUGUAAAAAAAUCAGAAAAAUGGCACGAAAAUCGUUCAAUUUUUUUAAAAAUAAUUUUGCGUUAAAUAGGUACCUAUUUUGUAAUAAGUACUCGUAGAGUGUAAAAAUUCAGAUAAAAAUUAUUAUAAAAUUUUUGUUGAAUGAUUCUAAUGAUAUUUCAAACCUGUAAUAUGAACAAUAUUUCCAGAAUAGUUGGUACGAAUUCGCGGAUGUUUAUUAAUCAGAUGCGAUUAUUUUUGAUAUAUUAUAUUAUUUUUAUUUUUAUACCUAAUAUGAAAUUUUUGUUUUUUUCUGCAUUAAUAUUACGUAUUCAUAAUGUUUGAGCAUGUUUUCAUUUCAACUUUUUAAGCUGUUACCUAUCAAUUUUCAAUAUUUUCGUGAUGCUGUCUCUAAGUAUUGUAUCUGGAAUUUUUAAAUACCCACCAAUUAAAUUUUUUUGUAAUUACUUCAGCAUUUAUACGUUUUUCAUUUUCGAAGUAACGUGACAUGCUCGCUGCUCGCCACUCAGUUAAUUAAAAUACGUAGAAUUUAAAACAUUUUCCAAAUAUAAAUUUCAGGAACCAAAGAUAAAAUUUCACGAUUUCUCUACCAAUUAAAUUCUCAGGAGCAUUUCAUUCAUUUCACCGUAUUGAUUUUUGAUUUGAUUCUGACCCACUUUUUAAGAUUGAAUUCGAAAAUUAUUUCAGGUAUUCCAUAACACGCAACCUUAUUACCCAAUAAAAAUUUUUCUUGCAUUCCUCUGCCCCUGCCCCUCC